AUGGGAGGAUUGUUUGGAGCAGAAAUAUGGUUCGGGUUCUACUGGAUGCUGAGUCAGUCCCAUCGAUGGAAUCGCGUUAAUCGCCGCACCUUCAAAGACAGGCUCUGCACUUGGAUUACUUUUAAUAUGUGCGAGAAUGAUUUGGGUGGUGUGAACAUAUUCGUAUGCACGGCCGAUCCAGAGAUAGAGCCGCCGAUGCUGGUGAUCAACACUGUUUUAUCAGUGAUGGCUUAUGAUUAUCCGCCGGAGAAACUGGCGGUGUAUCUCUCCGACGAUGCUGCUUCCGACCUCACCUUUUAUGCUCUUUUGGAAGCAUCUGCCUUUGCUAAAGCACUUUUGAAAUUGUAUGAAGACAUGGAGAACAGGAUUGAGCUAGCAAAGAAACUUGGGACGGUCUCCAAAUCUACACUAAUAGAGCACACAGGAUUUUCUAGCUGGGAUUCUUAUACUCCGAAAACAGAUCAUGAUGCUAUACUACAUAUACUAAUCGACAGGGAUGGAGAAGCAACGGACGUUGAAGGCUGCAGACUUCCAACUUUGGUGUAUUUGGCUCGUGAGAAGCGCCCCCGCCAUGUUCACAAUUUCAAAGCCGGAGCUAUGAACGCUUUGAUAAGAGUAUCAUCAGAGAUCAGCAAUGGACCUAUAAUUCUUAAUGUUGACUGUGACAUGUACUCUAAUGAUUCACAAUCCAUUCGAGAUGCACUCUGCUUCUUCUUGGACGAAGGCAAUGGCCAUGAGGUUGCUUAA